AUGCCGGUUCAAAGCCCAGCAGCGCCCUCGAUCGAGAUGUACCGCAGGAUGGAGCGACUUGGGCUGCGACCCAAUGCCUCGCUCGUCCUCGCCGCGCUCCGGGAAUGCGGCAGGCUCAAGCAUCUCCACACCGGCAGGGAAAUCCACCGCUCACUUCAGUCCCAGUCCCACGAUUCCGGUGUGGCUAGCAGCCUGGUGGAGAUGUACGUGAGGUGUGGAAGCAUGGCUGAUGCUCGCUGCGUCUUCGAGGGAAUGCUUGAGACGAGCACGGCCCUGUGGAAUCUUAUCAUUGGCGGCUAUGUCGACAGUGGCGAGGCCGAGGUUGCGCUAGAGAUCUUCGCUCGAAUGCUGCGAGGAGGAGAAGCUGGUGAUCGAGCUCCAAAGGCGAAUCAUGUCACGUACCUUGCAGCUCUGAAGGCGUGCGUGAGGCUGGCCGAGGAAGAACAAGGCGCUCUCGUGACGGGCAAGACGGCGAUCAUAAAAUCCCAGUCCCUGGCAAGAGGGAGGAUAAUUCACUCCCACGCUCGCAGCAGUGGUCUGGACACGCACAGCUUCGUGGCUAGCAGGCUUGUCUCGAUGUACUCCAAGUGUGGAAGCAUGAAUGAUGCUCGUCAAGUGUUUGAAAGCAUGGUGGAACGUGACUCGGUGUCGUGGAACUGUAUCAUCUUGGGCUAUGCCGAGUGUGGAGACGGAGAGCUGGCUCUAGAAUUUUUCUCGCAAAUGCUACAACAAAAACAAGGUGGUGAAAACUUGAAGACAACAUCAGUCACGUACCUCGCAGCUCUCAAGGCCUGUGCGAGUUUAGCAAGCGGAGAAACCCCGCAGCUCGUCGAUGGACAGCUCCUUAAGCCGAAAACCUUGGAGUCUGUUAAAAAAGUCCACUCGCAAGCCACAGCCGACGGCCAUGCCUCGGAAGUUUUCGUUGCCACCAGCCUCGUUGAUGUCUACUGCAAGUGUGGAAGCUUGCGUGAAGCUCGGCUUGUCUUCGACACUGUUCCCAAUCCCACGCUAAUCUCCUGGACAACCAUCAUUCUCGGCCAUGCUGAUAACCACGAAGGCGAGCUCGCGCUGGAGCUGUACGAGAGGAUGCUAGAGCGCGGCUUCACUCCAAACUAUGUCACGUAUGUUGCUGCUCUCAAGGCCUGCUCGAGCUUGGCGGACAAAGAAGCUGCUGUUCCAGUCGAAGGCAAAGUGGUGAAGCUGGGAGCACUGGCAAAAGGCCGAGAGAUCCACCGUCACGCUUGCCAAAGUUUUUGUGCGCAGCUACACAUCUUUGUGGCCAACAGCUUGGUGGACAUGUACGCCAAAUGCGGAAGCCUGGAAGAGUCAAGGACAGUGUUUGAGAGCAUUCCAAACAAGAGUGUGGUAUCUUGGACGGGGAUGAUCCUUGGCUAUGCUGAAAAUGGAGAUGGAAAGACGGGGCUGGAGCUCUACAAACGAAUGCAAGAAGAAGGAUGCGCGGCAGAUGCUAUAGCGGUGGUAGCGGCAGCAAAAGCGUGCUCGAGCAUGGCAGCCAAGGAAGAAGCAAGAAUGGUAGAAGGCAGGAGGAUCAAAUCGAAAAGUCUAGAGAAAGCAAAGGAGAUUUACCUCCAAGCGAGAGAGCACGUCGAGUUGGACUCUUCCGUGGGUGCUAGCCUUGUUGAUAUGUUCGCCAAGUGUGGUAGCACCACUGACGCUCGAGAAGUGUUUGAGAGAAUGCCGCGUCGAGAAGUAGCGUCGUGGAACUGCCUCAUCAUGGGCCACGCCGAGAGUGGCGAAGCCAAGAUAGCUCUGGAGCAGUACCAGCGAAUGAUCGAGGACGAUAGAGUAGUAGCCGAUGGUGUGACUUACGUUGCAGCUCUCAAGGCCUGUGCGUGUCUCAACGGUGGAAAAGAUGGCGAUGACAGCCUUGAAGUUAAGUUGCAGGCCAGUAAAACCAUCCAUGCCCGAGCUGUUCGUGCUGGUUUCGAGCUCCACGCUCUGGUAGCGAAUACUCUGAUCGAUACUUAUGCCAAGGCCGGGAGUAUGAGCGAUUCCUGGAGAGUCUUCGAGAGUAUGGAGAGUCAGAGCGCUGUAUCUUGGACCGCCAUAGUCUCGGGCUACGCACGCGCUGCCGACGGAAAACUGGCUCUCGAAUCAUAUCGGCUGAUGGUGGAAGAACUGGACGGGGUCAAGUUGGAUGCUGCGAGUUUCAUAGCUGCACUGAAGGCGUGUCGGGCGGAGGCGGCUGUAGAAAGCGGAAGAACAAUCGAAGCCCAAGCUCGUGCUGCUGCUGCUUCAUUGAUACCGACCGUGGCGAAUUGCUUGAUCGACUUCUACGGCAAGUGUGGCAGUAUGGUCGAGGCUCGCCAGGUUUUCGACUCGAUGAACAGCAGUGACCGGCAAUUGAUAACUUGGAACUCGUUGAUCGACGGAUACAGCCGCCAGGGGGACUUCGAUCGAGUGCUCGAACUUUUCGAAGAGAUGCAAAGGCAGCUGUUCGAGCCAAACGAUGUAACUUUCGUAUCCAUCCUUGCAGCUGCUAGUCACGCUGGCCUUGUUGAUCGGGGCAAGGAGUGCUUCGAGUCCAUGUCUUCCAGACAUGGUAUUGUUCCCGGCGUGAAGCAUUACGCAUGCAUGGUGGACUUGCUAGGCCGCGCCAAUCGACUGGACGAGGCACUAGAAACUGCGAGCAGCAUGCCUUACACGUCCAACUCCGUUGUCUGGAUGGCACUCUUGUCCGCCUGUCACAAAUGGAAAAAUGUGAGAAUCGGACAAGUUGCGUUUGAAUCUCUACUCAAAGUUGAAAGAAAUCCUGUUGCUGCUUGUGUGCUAAUGUCCAACCUGUAUGCUGGUGUUGGAAUGUGGGAGGAGAGUCGAGCGGUGAAAGAAAUGAGAGUGACAUAAAUUAAAAGACAGUUCAUACCC